AUGCAUUGCCGGAAUCUUCCAGCAGUGUUAGGUUGCCUUCUUUUCAGAGCUAUCGCCAGGCGAAACAAUCUCUACCCUGGACGACGUGAUUUCAACGACUUAACCUCUCUUGAGAAGCGUAUAAGUGACAAGAGCGUUAGCGACGGAUUCCGUCAUUACGCUCCUAUUGUCGACGACACCGGCGAUGGGUUCUGUUUAGUAAUUAUAAAUGAGACGCAGCGCGAAUGGUUGGCGGACUUCUCGCAGAGAGGGAUUGGUAUCGAUGACACAUUUAAUGUGUCCAUGUACAAACUUAGACUCGCUACGAUUAUCGUGGCUGAUCACUGCGACCGAGCAUUGCCAGCCGCUUUCAUGCUGAGUUUCAGGAUGAGUGAGAACGAGUUGGUAGUCUUGUUCGAUAAGGUCAAGGAAUUAGUUCCUGCAUUCGCUCCCGAAUUCUUCAUGAGUGACGACGCUCCAUCGUUUUACAACGCGUUUCGAAGAGUAUUCCCUGAAGCAAAAACGCGGAAGAUUCUCUGUAAUUGGCAUGUGCUGCAAACGUUCAAACGUUCAGCAAGAAAGAAGUUGACCAAACCGUCCCUGCUUGGAGAGUUUAUGUCCAGGAUUCGGCUUGUCAGCAGAUCGUGCAAGUCGACACUGUUCACAAAAAGAUACGGAGAUACAUUGACGUUUCUACUGAAUCAGAACCAACAUGAAAUGGUCGACUAUCUGCACCAAAACUGGUAA